GAACAUUUGACAGGCUUGAGGUGGGUCAGAACUCUGACAGGUUUGGACACCACUUUAUAGAGUUUUGUGUUUUCUAGAGUUGUGUGUGUCAUAGAGUUUUCUUGUGUCCUGCAGAGCUGUGUGUUUUCUAGAGUUGUGUGUGUCGUAGAGUUUUCUUGUGUCCUGCAGAGCUGUGUGUUUUCUAGAGAUGUGUGUGAGUACUGUAGAGCAGCGAUUCACAACUUUUUCCUUUCCAGGGAAAUCACUGUCAAAAGCUCUUGAGGACCACCAUUAACAGUCGCAAUUUUUUUUUUACAUAAAAUAUCUUAGCGGUCGAAUUUAGAGUACAUUUUUACAGCGAAUGUAACAGAUUAAACAUGACCCCACUAAGCCACCCUUCUUCUUGACAGACUGCUUGCUUAAUCCGGAAGCCAGCCGCACCAAUCUGUCGUACAGCUGGCGACCGAAGUCAGCGUGCAUUCGCCCAGCCGGCCAAACCCUCCCCUAACCCAGACGAUGCUGGGCCAAUUGUGCGCCACCUCAUGGGUCUUCCGGUCGCGGCUGGCUGCGACACAGCCCGGGACACAAACCCGGAUCUGUAGCGACGCCUCUAGCACUGCGAAGCAGUGCCUUAGACCGCUGUGCCACUCUGUAUAGGCCCCAAAAUGGAUGUUUGUUAAACAAUUUGCGAAAUUGUUUAUAACAUCAUUAUGUUAUUAUUUUUGGAAGAAAAACAAAUUAAAACAAUUGAGGCCCACCUGCAGUACCUCCGCAUACCACAAGUUAAAAACCACUGCUGUAGAGUUGUGUUGUAGAGUUGCGUGUGAGCUGCAGAGCUGUGUUUUCUAGAGUUUUGCUUCGCUGUAGAAUUGCAUGCUGAGUAGUUCGUUUUGUAGAUUUUUCCUGAGAUGUAAAUAGCGUGUAGUGAUCUGCUGUGGGGUAGUGCUGUGUUGGUAAACAAUCUGGGUUGAGUUUCCCAAAGCCUUCAUAGCUAAAGUUGUACUUAUCUCUCAAGGACUGAGACCCAAAUUACUCUGAAAGUCAAUUUAUGGUCAAUCCGAGAUCUGCAGUGGCCAUAUAGCAUUUACAGCAAUGCGGCCUCUGCAGAAGUCAGAACAUUCAUACUUCUUGCGCUUCGGGGAGCUGUCAUACGCAUCCAAUAAAUUGGUCUGCACCACACCACUCGUAGUGAUUCAGAUAUAAUCUCUUUAGCCAUCCAGCUAAUUACGAGCAACUGCCUAAACGAAAAGACAAAACAUUAGCUCUUCUGAGAUGUUGGAGUCCGUUUCCCAGCACUUGACAUAGGAGCUCAGCCAAGAUAGCAUGAGGGUAAAAGGCUGCACAGUUUUCCCACCUGCAUCUCCAUCCCGAAUCUCACAAUUGCCCCCCAGCAAAAAAUAGCAUAGAUUUAGGCUAUUGUUUAUAUGUGUAUUUCACACUAUGUUGAGGUAACAAUCAGAGUAUAAUGCUUGAGUGUAUGUCAACCCCAACACAUGUUCAUGUCAUCGUUAUCAAUCAACUGCAUUACUGUUAAAACCGACUUUGACUGCCACCACCACUUUUUACAAACCUGAAAAGGGACAACUUCUAAAUGUUAUGCAGUGAAAACAGCCAAAUAUAUCCAAAUGGGAUUUUGGUAACCAUAUACUGGGCCUGUUACAAUAUAUCAAUCAUGAUGGAUUUGACAAAUAUCCACUUUGUUAGAUCAGAUUUGUUGAAUGUGUGCCAAUCCAGCAUCCUUCUAUCCCCCACUAUCUGCUCUCCAUUGACCUCUUUGCCACAUCUAUCCCCAUUAUCUCCCCGAUCUCUUUCAGGCGUUCAAACUCAUGUUGGUGUCUUUUAAAUCCCUACACGAGGUAUCAUAAAGAUGUAUUUUAUUUGUGAACUUGUUCUUAACAGUGGUGAGAGGAGGACGGCUCAUAAUAAUGUCUGGAACAGUGUGAAUGGAAUGGCAUUAAAGACAUGGAAACCAUGUGUUUGAUACAAUUCCACUGAUUCCACUCCAGCCAUUACCAGGGGCCUGUUCUCCCAAUUAAGGUGCCACUAACCUCUUGUGGUUCUGAUAGCCUUUCAUAAAAGUUCUCCAUGUUUUUUGUCAAGGAAGUUGUCAAGGAAGUGAGUUUGUGUUUAUACAGGAUGUACCACCCCCACCAACCAUCAACCAAUCAUUUCAAUGCGGCGCUAUACGGAGCUAUGCAGGGCCCUCUGCAUUGUUGCUACAUUUGGGAGGUGCACGGUGUCACCGUAUGGAGCUCGAUUUGGCCUCUGUAAUCCUCUGGAAUCUUAGCAAUUGCAAAUCACACCCGCCGUACGGAAACCUCCUGACCGCAUUGCUGGAUCAAGUACAAAUCGUCUUUUAAACAAAGUGCUUCAUUCAUUGUCAAAAAUACAUUUCUCAAUUGUUACUCCCUCAGGCCUGGUGCGGCUAGGUUGUUGAGAGAAAAACUCCACUUUAUCUACGAGGUUUUCUGGAAACUCACACUGCUUUGUAGUACUUAAUGCCUAACAUUAGACUAGCAUUGUCCUGAUGUUUGAUGGAGAAUGCUGCACUGAGUUAGGGAGGGUUAAAGGCGCUGUGUGUGUGUGUGUGUGUGUGUGUGUGUGUGUGUGUGUGUGUGUGUGUGUGUGUGUGUGUGUGUGUGUGUGUGUGUGUGUGUGUGUGUGUGUGUGUGUGUGUGUAGGCAUGCUGGCAGCCCCGUCCAGAGGGCAGCUGUAGAGGUCAGAGUUUGCCUCAGCGUCGCUGGUCCUUCAGCCCCGCCCAUGGCCGCUGUGACCACUUCCUGUUCUGCACAGGAAACAGCAACAACAACUUCCUCUCCCUCGAGGCCUGCCAGGAGCAGUGCAUGAUGGGAGCCUGCUGCUUCCGCCUGCCCAAAUGGAGCCCUCUCAUUGGCUACGACAGCCAGGGCAAUGGUCGCCAUGGAUACAACACAACCUCCAACCAGGAGCAGAGUGGAAGGGGCCAAAAGGAGGAAGAGGCAUGGUUUGGAGAAAUAACUGACAAGAGGACAUUGGAGGAGGACGGAUCUGAUCACUUUGGUUACCAGUGGUUCAACCUGACCAGGCCAGACCAGCAGAGAGAAAGAAAGGAGGAGAGAGGGAGAGAGAAAAAUGCUAGUGGGUUUGACGGGACAGAUGCUGAUUUCAUCUACAGCUGUGAGUACCUGUCUGUGUCAGCCUGUCAGGCCAGGGUCAGGGACCUGCAGGGAGAGGGAGAGGCUGUGAGUUUCUCCCCCGGCCAGCGCUGCUCUGAGGUGGGUUGCGUCCACGCCUGUGGCUGCCUCUACCAUAGCCUGCCACGGAGCUACGGGGAGAGGUUCAGGCAUGGCUGUGAAGAGUGUUUGUGUGAUCAAAGCGGAGCGGUGCAGUGUGGGUGUAGUCAACUGACACAGCGGAAGGAGAUACGAGACCUGACCCUGAAAGAGAGGCGCCAGUACCAACGAGCCAUCAGGAGGCUCUACGCACAGCCAGGUGUAUGGGAUGGUUUCACCAAGCUGAGAGCUGAGUUCUCCCCUCAGGCUGGUGGCCACACCUACUUCCUGCCCUGGCAGCGCUACUUCCUGCGGGUGGUGGAGCAGGAGCUCCAGACUGUGUCGUCAUGCCAACUGGGUGUUCCGUACUUCGAGUGGACGGUCGACUCUGGUGAUCUUUUGACCUCAGCUGUCUGGCAGCCCGAGAUGUUUGGAGGGGACGGAGAGAGAGAGAGGAAUGGCGAGAGGGAAAGGGAUGAAGAGAGGGAUAGAGCGAGUGAGGGGGAUGGAGAGCAAGAGAGCAACUAUGUCUCAGGCUGUGUCCCCCACCACUCCUUCCAGGGCUUGUCUGCACGGUUCCACUGGUCCCCCUGUCUACGACGGAGCUUCAACACCUCGGUGUCUGUGCCUGACGCGGUGAGCGUCCAGAAGCUACUGUCCCAGGGAAACUUCCUGUUGUUCUCCCAGGCUCUGCAGGGGCUGUCUGGGCUAUUUAGGCUCUGGGUGGGGGGCCACAUGGCUUCUCCUCUGGCCGCCUAUGACCCCCUCUACCUCUCACACGCCGCUUUCAUCGACAAGCUCUGGACACACUGGCAGGACAGGCACAGAGACGUGCACACUCAUGAAGAAGCUCAUGGGCACACUCACCUACACACCAAGUACCCGGUGAGGCAGCGUCUCGUCAAGAUGAAGCCGUUCGGCAUUGCUCCUGAUGAUGUGAUGUCUUCACGGGAACAACUGUGUGUGGUGUAUGUACCCAUAACCCUCGGAGCUCCCUGCAAUGUGACAUCAUCACUCUAUGCCGAAAGAGGGAAGGGCCGCCACAGAGGAGCGAAAGACACUGCCAGCUAUCACAGAAAGAGACAAGAUACACAAAACAACCAUAAACACAGCACCUAUGAUUACAAUGCACAAGGCUAUGAUGGCUUUGACCACAGUGGUUACAAUCGCAAUGGAUAUGACAGACAAGGUUUCAACCGCAUGGGCUGGGACCUGCUUGGUUACAGUAAGGAUGGUUUGGACCGUGACCACAUCGACAGAGAGGGCUAUGACAUUUCUGGAUACAACCGCUAUGGGUUUAACCGCCACAAUGUUACAUGGUUCGGGAUGCGCUGGGAUGGAUUGUUUAUGAGGGAGGAGGAGAGAGAAGAGGAGACUCAGGGGGAGAAAGAGAAGGAGAGUGAGGUGAGAGAGGAGAGUAGAGAGGAGGAGGAGAGAGAAAGAGAGAAGGUUAUGUCAGAGCUCUUUAGCGACAGUGGCUACAGUGUUUAUGGUUUCGACCCCUUUGGUUUGGACCGGGGUGGUUUUGAUGCAUUUGGAUUUCGACCAGACGGAUACGAUAAGGACAGCUGUAACUGGUUCUACAACGGACCGCACUACCUACGGUUCUACUACCACACCCAACAGCAGCUAAUUUCAACCAAUCAACACACUCUUAACCACAUUACAAGAACCUGCUCUCCAAUCACAGCCCUGCCUCAGCACUGGCCUUUGCAGGAUUGGAUGGCUCUGGAUCAAGAGGAGAGCCAAGCCCUGAUUGGUCAGCUGGAGCGGGAGUGGGCGGGACAGAAGCAUUCUGAUGACUACUACACCCACAAGGUGAUGUUACAGAGGGGACGGGGCAUUUGGCUGCCAAUCACCCCAGACAGCAGGUUUUGUUUUGAACUACACUGGUUUUCCGGUUGUCCUCUUGGCUCUGCCCCCAUGACCUGCCCUGACCUCUGCCGUGAAGCACGUUGUCUUGGUAACCCGAUGGCUGAGUGUCGUUUGCGGAACUGUGGCUCCUGCUUUACUGAGUGGCUUGACCCAACCACCGGAGCGUACGUCAUCUGCCAGGGCUGGUAACCAGUGCUGACCGGCGCCCAUAUCAUUCAGCGUAGUGGAAGAUGACUAGAAAAUGCUUUUUUUAUCAUGAAAAACGAAUGCAUUUCGACUUCAGAGCUUUCAUUACCAAGGCUGGUUACCAAGUCUGGAGAUAGGACACUUUUCUCUUUCUGGAAUACACUUUGAUGAUGGGUUGGAAUGAAAGUCUGCACACCCUGUAGCACUUCCUUUGAAUAUUUAACUGAAGUAGGAGAUAUUUAGACAUUAUGAGGUGUAAUCAAUGUACCACACUGUAUUAGAUAAAGGGAGUGAAUGUUUCUAG